AUGCCGCUCGCCGCUCUUCGCGCCCCUGCGAGGGAUCUCACCCGUUGCAUGCCAUCGCGAUUGGCAUCAACCAGUACCAAACCUCCACUCAGAUACACUGGUCGCAUCCCGAAGCCUGCUCCACCACCGCCGGGUCCCGGCGAGACAAAAACUCCCGCCAGUCAGGAAGAGACGGACCAGGCCCGCAAAGCCAUCAUGGACUCUAUUCAGCACGAUCGGAAAAGGGACUACAAGAAGCGAUACCGAUCUACCCUCUGGAAAUGGACUGGCAUCAUCUGCGCCACUCCCAUCGCCCUUGUCACCACCCCAUACUUGUACAAGAGAGGUGCGCAAUCAUCAAUAUCUCAAGACACUAUCANNAACAACGCUGACAUUACUAUGCAGUCUUCAUGGGCGAAGAACGAAAGAGGCUUAUCAUAG